CAGUAUGGUUUAGUGCAAAAUGAAAGUGAAACUCAGCACAGUGGAAACUAGUUUUCUCUCAUCCGCCUGCAGUUGCUCCUGCUUCAGUGCUCCUCCUGUCUUCUGGGAAAAGGUGGAUCCCACUUGUCCAUAUCAGUUAAUUCCUCUGAGUGAACUCACCCCUGAAUAUCAGACUGUGGCAGAUUAUGUGAAGAAAGACGGGCUGCUGGACAAAUCCGUUGUUUCGAUCAGCAGGAUUCAGAAUCUGGACCUAUGGGAGUUAUAUUGUCGGAAAAAGAAGCAGUUAAUGAGAAUCCAACGUGUCAAAGAAAUCCAAGAGAAAAGACUAUUUCAUGGAACCGAAAUCACAAAUGUUGACGGUAUUUGCAAGUAUAACUUUGAUAUACGAUUAUCCGGACAACAUGGCAACAUGUAUGGCAAAGGAACAUAUUUUUCAAAACAUGCAUCCUAUGCAGACAAAUACAGCAGGGGCAGCACGGGUCCAUUGCCGCUGUACGGCGGGGAAACACGAGGUGUACAAGGUGAAUACACUAAAAUAAUAUUUUUGGCUCGGGUGAUGAUCGGAAAAUCAACUGUUGGACAAAAGGAUUUCCAAAAACCUGAUCACGGAAGUCCUAACAACACUCACGACAGCUGUGUGGAUGAUGUCACACAUCCCAAAAUAUUUGUGAUUUUUGAUUCCAAUCAAAUAUAUCCAGAGUAUUUGAUUCAGUACAGAGGAUCUUGAGCAUGUGCAAUAUCGACAUGUCUGAAUGCAUAACUCAUAAAAGUAGUUCUGCAAAUGUUACUACUGUAGUUAUUUAAAGUACUGUUUUUAAAAUGCAUUA